UGGAUAACUCUCCCUCCACUUCCCCACCUCCCCCUGACUCCUCUGCCCUUUUACGACUCUUCACAUGCCCUCCACCUCCUGCGAGGUAUUAACGAACUGAGGGCUGAGCACAAGUUCUUCGACAUGACUGUGAGCGCUGGAGGGCAUGACUUCCCAUGCCACCGCACCGUUUUGGCUGCGGCCAGCAACUACUUCCGUGCCAUGUUUGCAGGGAGGCUGCGGGAGAGCCAGGCUGAGCGGGUGGAGCUGCAUCAGGUCACUGGACCCAUCCUGGGUCUGCUGGUGGAUUUCUGCUACACUGGCCGGGUGACUGUCACUCAAGAGAAUGUGGAACCCCUUCUGCAGGCCGCGGACCUCUUCCAGUUCCCCUCAGUGAAGGAGGCCUGCUGUGCCUAUCUGGAGCGUCAGCUAGAUGUCAGCAACUGUCUGGAGAUCCAGGACUUUGCCGAGGCCUACGCCUGCCGGGGCUUGGCUGAGAGCACCAAGCGCUUCAUCCUGGCCCACAUGCCACAACUGGCCCAGGCCCGGGAGGUGGAACGGUUGCCGUGGCAACGGAUGCUGGAAUAUAUCAUGGAUGACCGCUUGUGCGUGGACAAGGAGGAGGCGGCUUAUCAGAUUAUCCUUAGGUGGGUCAGGGCUGACCUCCCCCACCGCCAGCACCGCUGGCCUGAGCUCUUCCAGCACAUCCGUCUGCCCUUCAUCCGUCGCUUUUACCUGUUGGCCCACGUGGAGAGCGACCCCCUGGUCUACUUCAGCCCCUCUUGCUUGAGGCUCAUUGGUGAAGCCCGUGCCUUCCAGUCUUCCGAGUACGACCGUCACGACCUGCCCUGCGAGAGAAUGAGGCCACGGCCUUCCACGGGACUGGCAGAGAUAUUAGUGGUGGUGGUCGGCGGCUGCGACCAGGACUGUGAUGAGCUGGUGACGGUGGACUGUUAUAACCCUCACACGGGGCAGUGGCGGUACCUGGCGGAAUUCCCGGAUCAUCUGGGAGGCGGCUACAGCAUUGCAGCACUGGGGAAUGACAUCUACGUGACAGGAGGGUCUGAUGGCUCCCGGUUAUACGACUGCGUUUGGCGGUAUAACUCCAGCGUGAACGAAUGGACAGAAGUCUCUCCCAUGCUGAAGGCCCGGGAAUAUCACAGCUCCACCGUGCUGAAAGGCUUGCUUUACGUCAUUGCGUCAGACAGCACAGAGCGCUACGACCACAGCGUAGACUCCUGGGAAUCGCUCAGGCCCAUGUUGUACCCAAUGGACAACUGCUCCACCACCUCUUGCAGGGGCAAGCUUUAUGCCAUCGGGUCGCUGGAAGGCAAAGAAACGAUGGUCAUGCAGUGCUAUGACCCCGACAAAGACUUGUGGUCAAUGGUGAACUGUGGCCGGCUGCCCCCCUGGUCGUUUGCACCAAAAACUGUGACACUGAAUGGAUUCAUUUAUUUUGUCAGGGACGAUUCUGCAGAGGUGGACGUCUACAGUCCUCUGGAGAACGAAUGGAACAAAAUUCCUCCCAUGAAGCAGGUUCACGUUGGCGGGAGCUUGGCCGCACUCGGAGGCAAACUGUAUGUGUCUGGCGGGUAUGACAACACCUUUGAACUUUCUGACGUGGUCGAGGCCUACGACCCGAAAACGAAAGAGUGGAACCUCAUGGGACAUCUCCCCCAGCCGACAUUUUGGCACGGCAGCGUCAGCAUAUUCAGGCAGUUCAUGCCCCACACUCAGUACAGCUUUGAGGGAGUCCCCUUGGACAACGCCAACCAUGAGCGCAACACAAUCAACCUGAACAGACGGCGGCAGCACUUGCACAACCACAACCUGAACGAACUGCACAGACGAUAG